AUGCUUGUGCAAGACAAUCGAUAUGAUGGAUUCUACAAUUACAUAGCAUACAGCGACAAGGGAUCAUGGUCUGUUCGUUUCACGGCCUGGUACCUCGCUGGUCUACUGCACCGAAAUGAAGGAGAUGACCUGGAGCACGCAAAAGCUGCUAUCGGAAAUAUCAUCUCUGUCCAGAUGACAAACGACUUCAAUGCCGCAUGGUAUGGAACGUACAAGCUCUCGCCUGAUCAGCCUGACCCAACGCCUAAUUCACCACUAUGCCCACCGAAGAUCUACGAGACCUACGAUCCAAACUGGCGCGAAUUCAUCGGUACGCAGUUGAUUCAAGUUGUCGAAGAGUUCGGUCAUCUCAUCGGCUCUGAUCUGGUCUCUCGCAUCGAGAAUUCUCUCGAGAUCGCUGCAGUCGGCGGCAUGCGCCGCAACGGCACCUUUCCGCAAGACGACAAUCUGACUUUGGGCUACAGCAACCCUGGGAUGAUGCGUGCUCUUGUGGUAGGCUGGAUCGGUGCGCGUCGAAACAACUCCACAUUCAUCAAUUUUGCGAACGACCAAGGCACAAAGCUACUCCAACUUUUCCAACUGAACAAUUCCAAUACGCUGUCUGAAUACAACGCACCCACGUACUAUGGUAUUGACUCGUGGGCACUGGGCGCGCAGUUGAAGUACGGACCGAAAGAUCAGACCUUCACUACCAACGCAAACGUCAUCCUGAAAGAGCUCUGGCGAGAUCUGGAAGAACAUUACAAUGGUUACCUCGGACAAAUGGUCGGCCCGUAUGACCGCGCAUACACACGAGACAUUGUGCAGCAUUCCUCCAUAAUCUCGAUGUUCUUCUGGGGCAUGUUCGGCCACCAGUACGGUCCACAACCCCCGAAACUGGAGAGUGACCUGCUCUUCGACAUAGCACAAGGUGCUGCAAUCGCUCUCAUAAUUGAUACCGUCAAAACUGUCGUCCCUGUAGAUAUCCAGGAGAAGCUGAAGGGUACAUUCACCGGCCCGGCUCGACACCUUAACAAGACCAUUUACGACGACCUUGAGGGUAAGCAUUCGCGCAUCGCGACGUCGUGGGUUAGUCGCGAACUUAUGAUCGGCGGUGAGCAACUUGACGAGGGGAAAAACAGAGGUGAUCAGUUUGUGCCUGCCAUAGUGCACUGGGCUGGUGAUCAGAACCACACGCCCUUCCCAUUGACCACGUUCUUCUCGCUGUAUCCGAGCACGAGCAGUAUCCAUGCUGUCGCCGAGCCGAACAGGUUGACAGUCAGUUAUCCGAACCGAACUCAGGAGGGGAGUGAUAUCUUUACGUUUGCUUUGAGUAAUGUACCGCCGAGCUGGACGCUGGGAGGGCAUAUAGUCACAGGCUUGGAUGGUGACCUGCCAUGUGUCGAUAUUCAGGUUAAUGCGGAAGGAUUGGAGGUGCAGCCUGUGAGUUAUGGGAAGGCAUUGAGGAACCACUUGUUCUACAACAUCUCUUACGUUGUGCCGGAAGACUUCAAGGGGACGCCAAAGGUGAUGUUGGACAUUAGGUAUACGUGCUGA